UCCCCCCCCCCCAUCCCCCCUUACUUUUCUGUCUUGAAGCCAGACAAUCGACUCGCAAUCUGCCCCCCCCUCGACCCCUCGUUCUCCACCGUCGCUGGCUUUUUUUUUCUGUUCCCCCAUCCCCCUUGUCUCCUUUUUUUUUUUUAAAGAAGAGAGGGAGGGAGAGAGAAACUGCUGCAAAGCUGAUCUGAAAGCAAAGCAAACAAACUUUAAACAUAAAGGGGGAACAGGAAGUUUGGAAACGGUGUCCAAUAGAUAUGGCAAUGGUAGUUGGUGCGUGGCGAGAUCCCCAGGACGAUGUACCCGGAGCUCAGGGAACUCAGCCUUCUCAAGUCCCUCCUGUGCAAGGACCACCAGCUGGGGCCCCUCACACACCACAAACCCCGGGACAAGGAGGGGCACCCAGCACUCCAGCCCAGACCAACCAGCCAAGCCAGCAGAGCCAAGGAGGAGACAAGCAGCAGCAGCAGCAGCACAUUGAAUGUGUGGUUUGUGGGGACAAGUCUAGUGGCAAACAUUAUGGCCAAUUUACCUGCGAGGGCUGCAAGAGUUUCUUCAAGCGGAGUGUAAGGAGGAACCUGAGCUAUACUUGUCGUGCCAACAGGAACUGUCCCAUUGACCAGCACCACCGCAAUCAGUGUCAGUACUGCCGCCUCAAAAAAUGCCUCAAAGUUGGCAUGAGACGGGAAGUUUCUUCUUUAUUUACUGCAGCCGUCCAGAGGGGCAGAAUGCCACCCACACAGCCAACUCAUGGUCAGUUCGCCUUGACAAAUGGGGACCCUCUCAACUGCCAUUCCUACCUAUCCGGAUAUAUCUCCCUUCUCCUGAGGGCAGAACCCUACCCGACCUCCCGCUUUGGCAGUCAAUGCAUGCAACCCAACAACAUCAUGGGCAUCGAGAACAUUUGUGAACUGGCAGCCCGGAUGCUCUUCAGUGCGGUGGAGUGGGCCAGGAAUAUCCCCUUCUUCCCAGACCUCCAGAUCACAGACCAGGUGGCUCUCCUCCGGCUGACCUGGAGCGAGCUAUUUGUGCUCAACGCUGCCCAGUGCUCCAUGCCCCUUCACGUCGCUCCUCUGCUAGCCGCUGCUGGCCUGCACGCUUCGCCGAUGUCUGCUGACCGAGUGGUCGCCUUUAUGGACCACAUACGAAUCUUCCAAGAGCAAGUCGAAAAACUGAAAGCGUUGCAUGUCGACUCUGCAGAAUAUAGCUGUUUAAAGGCCAUAGUCCUCUUCACCUCAGAUGCCUGUGGUCUCUCUGAUGUAGCCCAUGUUGAAAGUUUACAGGAGAAGUCACAGUGUGCUUUGGAAGAGUAUGUUAGGAGCCAGUAUCCCAACCAACCAACGCGAUUCGGGAAGUUAUUGCUACGUCUCCCCUCACUGCGCACUGUCUCAUCUUCUGUCAUAGAGCAAUUGUUUUUCGUCCGUUUGGUAGGUAAAACCCCAAUAGAAACCCUAAUCAGGGAUAUGUUACUGUCUGGCAGCAGUUUUAACUGGCCUUAUAUGUCCAUUCAAUAAAAAAUUGGAGAGAAAAAAUAAAAUAUAUAUAUUGAGAAGGGAGAUGAAAGAGAGAAAAACAAAAGCAAAUGACGUUUGGGUUCUGGUGGUUGCUUAAAUUUCCUUCCGCUAAGGAUGUAAAAGAAUGUUACAAGUUUGCUAAAAGAAGACAGGAAAAAUAAUGGACUGUGAAUUAAAAAAAAAAAAGACUCUCAAAUGAACUUUUACAGAAUGCAUUAAAAAACUCCCGUGUCGUUAAGAGAAAAAAAACUUGCUACUUAUCAUUUUUUGUUUAAAAAUAAAGGGAAAAGAAAAGUUAAAGAAAAAAGAAAGAUGAAGGAAAUACAUUAGGUGGGGUUUUCUUUUUUCUUUUCUUUUUUUUUCUUUUGGGGGGUAAUUUUUUUAAAAAAAAUCUCGCUAAAAGUGCUUUUAAAGGAAAUUUGGAGAAAAUUAGCAAUGGAAAAAGUAAGUCUUUUUUUCCAAAUUAUUAAUUGUCCUAUGUGUCUAUGUACCUAUAGUUGUUCUUUUUUUGUAUUUUUCUGGUUUCAAACCAGUUUAUUCUGUGGUUCUAUAAUAAUUUUUGAUAUAACCUUGGCUUCUUUAAAAAAAAGUGUAUCCUUAAAAUAUAUGUUCUGAAAGAAUUAAAACUGAGUCCACGGAAGUAUCAUAGGAAGAAAGGAAAAGAAAAGGAAAAAAACCCUCAACAACACAAUGAUGGAAGCGCACUUAGAGGUGGUGACCCACAAUUUAGCUUGAAGCUGAGAGAGAGCUAUAAUUAUAUAGACCCCAAUGAACCACAUGUCACUUAACUACCCCAAAAACUAGGUUUUUGAUAUUUUCAGACAGAAAAUGAACUGUGGGGAUUUAUUGUAGGUAGAAUGAAUUGUGUCCAAGACACAUUAUGGUUUUGAUUAAAAAAAACAAAAACAAAAAAACAAAAAACAAAACAAAACAAAAAAAACAAAGUGAACUUUUGUAAUUUGGAUUGGGUUCCACAUAGUUCUUCAUGAAUUGUUAUUAAACUCCUCUAUCUGUUUGUAUAUUUGCAAGCCCUUUGUAUUAUAAUAAUUGUUGAUAUUUUCCCUUUUUAAAAAUAUCAUUGAAAUCAGCAUGACAAAAUAACACUGUUGGCACUUAUAGAUAACGUGAUUGAUUCAGUAUCUUAGAGUUUACAGUUUUGUGUUUAAAAAAACUGAAGGUUUUUUUUUAAAGUGCAACAUUUCUGUAUACUGUAAAAGUUAUAAUAACUGAACUGUUUGGUCGAGUCUUUGUGUGUUAUAUUCCAAGGAAAAUUGAAAGUAUUCAGAAAUUAAAAUAUUAUUUGAUAUCUGAA